GCCUCGGACGCAGUUGACAUCUCGGGAAUUUUGACUUAUCUAGUUCCGGGGUCGAAUUGCGAAUGCCGAUCGGGUCAAAUGGGUUGAUGCUGGGUUGAUCGGCGAGCAAGGUUUCCGGGAUAGGGCAGUCCAUCCAUAAAACUCUACAGAAUUAGCGCACGUGUGGUGCUCGAGUGCAAGGCAAAAAUAAACCCCGCAUUAGCGACGGACGAGAUGUGCAGAAGGAGCAUGAUUUUCAUCCGAGUACGAACCAAUGAAGCAAAACGCUGACGUUCCAACUGGAAUCUCGGCGAACAAGGUUGUCAUGUGGGCCACCGAUAGUGUUACGGACAAUCUCCCCUUGAGCCGGGCUCGCACGAGGGCUCGCUUCAACAAUAUUGAUUUGACAGCUCCACCGCACUGCGAUUGAUGUCCGCGGGUCUGAAGUACUAUGUCAAACACGAAAGCACUACUCGACUCGACUCUUGCGGUUCCGAGCGCAUAGAAUCUCUCGGCCCUGUAGGAGGAGCUUGGGGUUCGAGAAAAGUUUAUGCCUUUAGUACACAAUAAGCCGUCGACGUCGCUUAUGUCAGCGUUUCGCUAGAGAAGACAGGACGAGCAGGAAGAGUGUCUAGGACGAGAGUUAGAGACAUAGAUCUAGUUAACUAAUUGAACCAAUCUCAGAAGAUUUGAAUAGGAAGAGGAAGAGGCCGUCCUCUUUAUGUAAGAUACGGAUUCGAAAGAGUGCUUGUUCAGGAGAAGAAGAAAGAGAGAUGCAUUGUAGACGUAGUAUUCAGAUCUCUCAGUUGAAUUCUGGGAGCUAGUCGGAUGAUAGAUCCAGGAAAUCGGUUCAGCGGAAGAAGGAUCUAGGAAGAUCUGGUUCCAUAGGCUUUCGUCUGAAGCAGGAUCGAGGGUGCGCCUGGGCCCAGUUUUGUUCAGGUUCGAAGCAGGCGAACAAAAUGGUGCUUUCCCAGGCAAUUCAAGCCGGAGGCUCGAUCAUUCAGUCGGUGACGGCCAUCCAGACCAUGGGGAACAACAGGUACAACGCAUCGGAUGAGUGGGAUGACUUCGGCGUGCAGAUUGAGAGACUCCACCACGAGUACAGCAUGUGGAUGGCCAAGAUGUCGAAACAGGGAAUAAUCUCCGAGGAGGUCGGAUUGCAAUUGGUGGCUAAGCUCAACAGGGCGCUCAGCUUGUUCCAGGCCGAGGAAACGAAGCUCAGGAACAUGGAGAACCGAUCGUGGUUCGGGCGCAUCUACUGCUUCCACUUCAGAGCCGUCGUCUUCCCGUCCAGAUUAUCACAGACGCUGAAGGAUGUGAUCGACGCCUUCGCGGAUCUCCCACUGCUGUCGCUCAGAGAAGAGAUAGGAAUGGGAAAGGAAGUUGGAAGCUUGAGAAUCAGCUCGCUGGUCAAGAGGCCUCUCCUCCCACCGCUGCUCCCGCUCGUGGAAUCCAAGUACGUGCCCUUCCGAAUUUCCGAGUCUGCAAUCUACCAGGCUCUGGAGAAUCCGGCCGGACCGAGAGUGAUUCUGCUGCACGGCGGCCCGGGGAGAGGCAAGUCGACUCUCGCCAAGGCCAUUGCGCUGCACUACGCGAAUCAAACGUCGUCCACGGGCCGGACGUUCGAUCAUGUGGCCAUUCUGCAGUGCGGACCCAGGAUGCUGUCGCAGAACACGCAGAUGGAGCUGCUGCGGAGCCUGGGCGGGCGAGGGUCGGACGUAGAGGAAAUAGCUAGCACCACGCCGAAUGUGCUGAGGACGCGCAUGAAAAGUAGAACCAUCCUGGUCAUUCUGGACGACGUGUGGCUGCUAGAGCCGCUGCAACAGGUUGUAGAACUCGGAGGGGAUCGCGUAAAGUACUUGGUCACGUCCCAGAAGGCUACGCUUCUGCAGAAUGCCAUGCCCGUGGAGAUUCAGUCCGUCGAGCUCGAGGACGCUCGUAGAAUCCUCGCCCUCCACGUUCCGGGCCUCUUGGAUGGCCAAAUUCCCAAACAUUUGCAGGAUGUUAGUGACAGCAUGAUCAAACAGACUGAUAACAAUCCACUAGCACUUGCCAGCUUGGCGAUGACGAUUCACAGAACUAGAGCCGAUGAUAUCGACGAGUGGCAGAACACAGCCAAAGCGCAUUUCGAUCUCCUGAAACUGGAUGACAUGAAUAGAGCCCCUGUGUUCGACGGCACGAGGCCCAAGAGCUUCUGGGCGACCAUGAAAUUGGUGCGCCAGUCGUUGCCCGCAGAUGCCCAAGAGCUGCUCACGCUGAGCUCCGUUCUGGAAAGCCCGUCCACGCCCGAGGCGGUGGUGAAGCUCCUGUAUGGAUGGCACUGCCGCAAGCGCGGAGGCAACCUGUACAUGUUCACCAGGUGGAGAAGCGAGCUGGAGGACAAUGGGUCCAUGCUCCGAGUCGAGAACAAGAUCAUCAUCCAGAGCAAGUCGGGCGAUUCGUCCUUCUCGCAGAAGACAUGGUCCCUGCACAGUCUGCAGAAGAGCUUCGUGCGCAGCGAGAUGAGGGCAGAGGUGGAGAAGCUGCUGGAUUCUUUCUUCGGCUCGGCCAACAAUCAAGCGGUCGUGGUCGACAUUGGAGAUGACAACAGCAUGACUCGGGCGGUCGAGGACAUCGAUUCCGACGAGGAGUUCGACGCAGAACAGGAUGAGCCUGCCAACUCCGAGAAUGGGGACUCGGACAUCAGUGACAGCGAGAGCGUGGCUGACGACUCUGACGAGACAGGUGAGGAGGCCGACGACUCGGAGGGCGUGGUCGGUGAUCCUGAGGAGAUUGACGUCGCCAUGGACGAUCAGGAGAAGAUGGUCUUAUUCCUGUGCGCGCUAUAUAUGGACGAUGAUUUCUCCAGGAGGGCAGUCGAAAGGCUGCGGAUUGCCGGAUCGAUUUUCAAGAUUAGAGUUAGGAGGAGCGCGAUUGAGCCGAUUCUGCAGCUGCUUCCGGAGCACGACGAUGAAUCUGAUCAGGCACGCGUUCAGAGGCAGUUCGUCCAGAAGGUGUUUCUGACUUAUCUGACCUCCGGUGAGCUGAAUGACGAGGGCCUGGCCCAUUUGCUCUGGAAAGCAGGGCCCUCGGUGGCGCUGGUCGCUACAUACGUCCUUCAGAGCAUCGCCUCUUUAGCGGUCUAUGAGGAGGGCAAAAUCCUGCUCAGUACAAAGACCAAGAACGUCAUGGCGGCUGUGGCAGCAUUCCUGGAGGAAGGGGUGGAUGACGAUGUCCAAAACCAGGUCCUCCAGACGCUGACCACUCUUGCCAUCUACAAGGAGAAUCACGAGUCCAUAAUUUCUGCAUCUCCUCAUGUGUUGGAAAAGCUGGUGGGCUUUCUUGCAGAGACCACUCCUCCCGAAAGGCAGAUGACGGUCUGUGUCAUUCUGGCCAAUUUGACCCAGGGCGAGGAUAAUCCGGUCGGAAGUAAGAUCCCCGUGGGAUGCGUGAAAGAGCUAGUGCGGCUGUUGUUCAAGAAGCAAAGCCAGCUUCAUGCUCUGCUGCCUCUGAUUAACAUGGCUGGAAGCGAUGUGGAGGUUGCCGAGACGAUCCUGGAGUUUCCCGGAGUCGUGAGAGAGGUGGUCAGCAUGCUUUCGAACAACGACCCUCGCGUGCAGGAGCACGCUGCCAAAGCUCUGGCGAUGUUCGGAAGAAACAGCGUCGAUAACAGGCAGAAGGUAUUCCAGCAAUCUCCCUCCUGCGUGUCGGAGCUGCUGAAGCUCAUCACCAGCGACAAGGUCCACGCCGUGCAAGUGCAGGCCCUGCUCGCUUUGAACGAGAUGGAGAAUGGAAGGACGAUCAUCACCGGGACUCCCAAAUGCUUGGCAGAGUUGCUGAAGCUGCUGUCCGCACUGAUGGAGCAAGUGGAGGAUGUUCAGGUCCGCGCUCUCGAGGCUUUGGCCCAACAAGCGUUGGCGGACGAGAAGACCUCCAACACGAUCUUGAUGUCCCCGGGAGCCAUCAGUGAUCUGGUCACUCUGCUCUCCAAGAGUGACAUUCCGAAUGUUCAGUCGGAAGCAGCGAGAACGCUGGCCUUCUUAGCCCGACGGAGCGUGGAGAAUGGCAAGACCAUUCUCAUGGAAGCUCCGGGAUGCAUCAGAGACCUCUUGAAUCUGCUGUCGAAGAAGCACAGCUCCAAGACUCAGGUGCAACUGCGAGCAGCCGAGGCUUUAGGCGACUUGGCUUACAAGAAUGUGGAAGCCUCCCGCGAGAUUCUGGAGACUCCAGGAGCGGUGAGGAAAAUAGGUAGGUUACUAACCAGCGAAUAUCCUGGUGUCCAUAGUGAAGCAGCAAGAGCGCUGGGUAUUUUGGCCGAUAGCAGUGAGGAGCAUGGCAAGUUAAUAAUCAUGGAAUGUCCAAAACUGCUAACUGAACUUCUGAAGCUCAUUUCCAGUACGCAUGAACCCGAUGUACAAGUCCGAGCAGUAACAGCUCUAGGUAAUUUAGCGUACGAAGAUCCGGAGAUAUCGAGGACAAUUCUUGAAUCUCCGGGUGCCAUCGAGGGAUUAGUCAGUCUUCUUUCGAAGAAAGAGGCUCCGGAUGUCCAAGAGGAAGCAGCUAGAACUGUUGCCAAUCUGAGCUCGGAAAGCGUGGACAAUAGCAAUCUGAUCAUCAGCCAGUCACCGUGGUGCAUAAGAGAACUGGUGAAACUUCUCUCCAGCGACUACAGCGCCGGAGUCAGAUGUCGAGCAGUCGAGGCCUUAGCUGAGCUGUCUACUGAAAAUGAAGACAUUGCGAAGGAUAUCCUCGAAUGUCCAGGAGCUGUGUGGCAGCUCAGCAAGCUUCUCUCCGCUGAUGAGACAGCUGACAAUCAGUAUCAAGCCGCCAGAGUCUUGGCAAAUCUCGUCUGCGAGAGCGCCGAGAACGUGAAGAAAAUCGUUCUGGAUUCUCCCGAGUGUGUCACAGAUCUGGUGGGGCUGAUGACCAAAGAUCACAGCUCUGAUGUUCUCUACCAAGCUGCUGGGGCUCUGGGCCAGCUGGCUCUCGUAAGCUUGGAGAUCGCCAGCAAGAUUCUGGAGUACCGCACGUUCAUCAAAGACUUGGUCCGGCUGCUCUCGGACGACGAGAGAAUCGAUGUGCAGCUCCAGGCGACGGAGGUGCUGAGCAUCCUCGCGACCAGUAGCGUGGAGAACAGGAAGAUCAUCCUCCAGAAGUCACCGGAGUGUGUACCAGAAGUGGUGAGGCUGCUAGUUUCGACCAAUGCUGAUGUCCAGUAUGGAGCGGUGCACCUGCUCGCUUGCCUAGCUCAUGAAAACGAGGAGAAUGCCAAGGAGAUUCUCAAGCACCCUGAAGCUGUCAGAGACGUGGUCUCUCUCCUGUCCAACGACGACAACCCCGACGUUCAAGAGGAAGCCAUCAAGACCUUGGCCUUUUUGGCCGGGAGCAAUCCGGCCAAUGCCAAGCUCAUGGUUCUGGAGACUCCCGAGUUCGUCUCGGAACUGGUGAGGCUGAUUUCCAAAGACCGUAGCUCCGAUCUUCUGUACCAAGCAGGGGAAGCUCUGGCCGAGCUGGCUCUCGGGAGCUUGGAGGUCGCCACGAAAGUCCUGGAGUUCCCGGGCGUUGUCAAAGAGCUCACCUGGCUCCUCUCCAACCACGACAGGGUUGAAGUCCAGCUGCAGGCGGCGGUGUUUCUGAGCAUCCUAGCUUCCAGCAGCGUGGAGAAUGGCAAGACAAUCUUGGUCCAAUGUCCCGAGUGCGUGACGGAGGUGUUGAAGCUGAUUUCCGAGAGGCAGGAUGUGCAGUACGGAUCGGUGCAUCUCUUGGCUUGUUUGGCUUUCGAGAAUGUGGACAAUUCGAAAGAGAUUCUGGGGUCGCCAGGAGCAGUCGAAGAGCUCGUCAGGCUACUGUCCCACGAUGAAAAUCCCGAUGUCCAAGAGGAAGCUGCGAGGACUCUGGCUUUCUUGGCCGACAGCGACGCGGAGCACGGGGCUAUGAUUCUGGCAGAAUGUCCCGACUGCAUAAUCGAACUGGUGAGGCUCCUCUCGACCGACGAGCACUGUCCCGAAGUUCAGCUCCGAGCAGUGGAGGUUCUCACAGCUCUGGGCUCGGGAAAUAUAGAGAUCUCUGGCGUGAUUCUCGACACUCCGGGAGCUCUCAAGGGUCUCGUGGGGCUGCUCGCGAAGUCGAACGAUGAGAAUUGGAAGGUGCAGGAGGCGGCGGCCACAGCUGUGGCGUAUAUCGGAAGUGAUAGCGUCGAGCAUGGCAAGACGAUUUUCAGGCGCUCUCCGGAAUGCGUGGGCGAGCUGGUCAGGCUGAUGUCCAGCGACCACGACGCUCGAGUCCAACGGAGAGCAGCCGAGGCUCUGGCAGAGCUGGCCACUGUGAGUCAAGAAACGUCGAAGAAGAUUUUGGAAACUUCCGAAGCCGUGAGUCGGUUGGUGACGCUGCUCGCCCACGAUGAGAGUCCUGAAGUGCAGGAGGAGGCAGCUCGAGCUCUGGCGAAUCUCGCUUCCGAGAAUGUAGACAACGGAGAUAUGAUCGUUCUCAUCUGCCCGGAAUGUAUCGAAGAAUUGGUGAGACUGACAUCGAUGGAUCACUCCGCCGAUGUGCAGCAACGAGCAGCGGAGGCUUUGGCCAAUUUGGCCUUCAGCAACGAGGAGAUUUCGAACAAGAUCGUGGACUGUCUCGGAGCAGUGAAGGAUCUGGUCAAUCUCCUCUCGACCUCGAAGAACCAGCUCGUCCAAGAGGCUGCAGCCAGAGCGCUGCGCAACCUGACUUCCGUGGAAGACGUGAGGUCCGGCAUGGCUUCGGCGGUCGGCGACGAAGCCAUGGAUGCUCUGGUGGCCGUGCUGAGCCGCAAGGGAAACCUGUCCUCGAAAGCUCGCUACGCCGGAGUGGUGGCUCUGACGCUCAUGGAUCCGAAGAAAGGCGAUGCGGUGACGCUGGACACGAAGAUCGUGGCCAAAGCCCGAGGGUGCGCCAAGAAGAUGCUCGGGCUGUUCGCCGAGGCGCUCGUGGACUUCGAUUCCACUCUCCGCUGGGACCCCAAAGACGACUCCGUCUAUUCCGAACGAAUGUAUGUGAAGGCAAUGCUUCAGGACUACGAAGGGGCACUGUCAGAUGCCAACAAGGCCCUCCAACUGGAUCCGUACUAUCCAUUCUACCUGCAGGAAAGGGGAGUUCUGAAGAUCAAGAUGGGCGAUCUGAAGGGAGCGCUGGCGGAUCUGAACAAGGGCGACGGCGACGACUACAAGACUCUGAAGCACCGGGGGUAUGUCAAGUAUCUGUUGAAGGAUGAGCAAGGGGCUCGCAACGAUGCUGUAAGAGCACUACGCAUCAAAUCCUCCUCUGCUAGUAGCGCUGAGCCUGUUUGCAUACCCAACGACUCGUUGUCAUGCACCACUGUAAAAUACCUUGACUUCGAGCUAUCAUAAUAAACGAACAAACUUAAUUGAGAAAGAGGUGUCUGAAUUGUGAUGAUGAACAUCAAUCCUGAGGUUCGGAAGAGGAUAUGAUCUCCAUAACCCACAGACUUGUCGUCAAGUUCGGAGAUCAUCUGCUCUCCCGGACACCUUCCACAUCGUGCAUACUAAGCGGUCUUCUUCAGUUGAUCCACAACCUUUGCUAGAGUUGCACACAGGUUUCGGAUGUGCCUCACAAUGGUGAAUGCAACUGCGGUUUUUUCUCCCAAGAUCUGAGGCCGACUUUACACUGUCGAAGACAUCAGACAGACGCUACGCUACGCACACACUUAGUCGGUGCUAGAAUCGUCACAAUGGAUCUGCGUCUUGUGGCCAAUCAUGGAUGGCUUGGCUCACACUAGAAGCAGAACACAGUUUGGGUUGCAAAUCCCCAACCCACUCUCGGCUGGUUUGGAUAGGCUACCGGAUGAUUCUCGUCACGGUUUCAUCUGGAUAUGGUCUCAUGAAAAUUUGGAAUCGAGUGAAAGUUAGGGCCCAAUUUGAUGACUUCUCGUAACGUUUUGGAUUGGCUCUGGAGGCUUGCAGUGUAAAUUGGGCUUCGAUAGAUUUUGAAGAGCAUAAUCUGAACUUCACAUUAUGGUCGAACAUGGUUUCCUUGGAGGUGUUGUUAGCGUAGUUAGAGUAGGAUCAGGUACAGUAAGUAGCCAGGUGAGGAGUAGGAAUUUAGAAAUUUAGAAUCAGGAUUUAGGUCUUAGGUUUUAGGAUCAGGUGUAGUAAGACAACUUCCUUUCUAGGGGGCCGAAAAGUCUCGCUUGUAAGCACAAUUCUGGUGCUUUGCUGUCACUUUUUGUACGCUCUGUAUCCCAGGGUGCAUCUUCUGCGCCUUCGAGGAUGAUGAAUUCUUCUUUGCGGCCGAUACUAUCUUGGCAUUAACAUCACCACACCGCUGCUUCACUCUCUCUACUGUGACGGACUUUUGUUAAACGCAACGGGACU